AUGGGCGGAUUACGAGUUAGCCGUAAAACGAAUGAAUACUUGCAUUGCAGUUUCUCUGGUGGCAAAACUAACACGCAAGCAGCUCCCACUAUCAAAGGCACUUCCUUAAACCAAGUAGAAGAAUUUAAGUACCUCCGAUCUACAGUCAACACCAGAGCAAACACAGAGAGGAUGAUAUCUCUAACAGAAUCGGAACAGGUUGGCUUAAGUGGAGGUCACUCUCUGGGGUCCUCUGUGACGCAAAUAUACCAGUCAGAACUAAAGGCACCAUGUAUAAACAAGCAGAUAGGCCGGCAAUGUUAUAUGGACCUGAGUUUUGGGGGG